CUCUUACUAAGGCUCCUACUGGCAUUUCUUGGGGGACAUAAAAGGAUGCUCUAGCAUCCACAACCUCAGAAGACUUCAAAUUCAGCACAAAUCAGCUCUUCAACUCCUGACAGAGCGUUGGAAGAAAGGGACACUACUGGAAGAUUUGUGAGCAUGGAUCCAACCAUCUCAUCCCACAACACAGAAUCUACACCACUGAAUGAAACUGGACGUCCCAACUGCAGUCCAAGCUUGACCCUGCCCUUCCUGGUCCUCAUCAUUGCCCUGGUUGGAUUGGCAGGAAAUACCAUUGUACUCUGGCUCCUGGGAUUCCACAUACACAGGAAAGCCAUUUCAGUCUAUGUCCUCAACCUGGCUCUGGCAGACUCCUUCUUCCUCUGUUGCCACUUUGUUGACGCUCUGCUACGGAUCAUUGACUUCUUUGGCCUCUAUACCCAUGAAUUAAGCAAAGAAAUCUUAGGCCAGGCAGCUAUCAUUCCCUAUAUCUCAGACCUGAGCAUCCUCAGUGCUAUUAGCACGGAGCGCUGCCUGUCUGUAUUGUGGCCAAUCUGGUACCACUGCCACCGCCCAAGAAACAUGUCAGCUAUCAUAUGUGCCCUAAUCUGGGUUCUGUCCUUUCUCAUGGGCAUCCUUGAUUGGUUCUUCUCAGGAUUCCUGGGUGAGACUCAUGGUCAUUUGUGGAAAAAUGUUGACUUUAUUAUAACUGCAUUUCUGAUUUUUUUAUUUAUGCUUCUCUUUGGGUCCAGUCUGGCCCUAGUGGUGAGGGUCCUCUGCGGUUCCAGGCGCAAGCCACUGUCCAGGCUGUACAUUACAAUCUCACUCACAGUGAUGGUCUAUCUCAUCUGUGGCCUGCCUCUUGGGCUUUACCUCUUCUUUUUAUAUUGGAUCCAUUUACAUUACCCCAUUUGUUACAUUUACCAAGUUACUGUGAUCCUGUCCUGUGUAAACAGCUCUGCCAACCCCAUCAUUUAUUUCCUUGUAGGUUCCUUUAGGCAGCAUAGAAAGCAUCGGUCUCUCAAAACAGUUCUUAAGAGGGCUCUGGAGGACACUCCUGAGGAGGAUGAAGAAUACACAGACAGCCAUCUUCAGAAAACCACUGAGAUGUCAGAAAGCAGAUGUUGAGAGUCAAUACAUUAACUUACUCGUCUCUCAGAAAUGCCUCAGUGAUUGCCAUGCU